AUGGACGUAGUUAAAGAGGUUCUGAAAAUGCAACAACCAGACAUAGUGAUGUUUCAAGAGACAAAGUGUGAGGAGUGUGAUAGGAUUUUUAUUAGGAGUGUUUGGGGGACUCGAUUUAGGAGAUGGGCUGUCUUGCCUUCUACAGGGAGAUCCGGGGGAAUUCUGAUUAUGUGGGAUGAUAGAGUCGUAUCGAAGUGUGAGGUAGUUGCUGGGGUAUUUUCAUUGUCUAUUAACUUCAGGAAUAGGGAUAAUAAGGUAUGGUGGCUGACAGGGGUUUAUGGUCCUAUUAAACCCGGGAGUCGGCAGGAAUGGUGGGAUGAGUUAGCAGGAUUAUUUGGGCUUUGUUCCCCUAAUUGGUGUGUGGGUGGGGAUUUCAAUGUGGUUAGGCUCGCUUCGGAAAAACUCAAUGGGGUUUCCACCAGUAGGAGUAUGAGGGAUUUCGAUUCUUUUAUAAGGGAUUGUGAGUUGAUUGAUCUUCCCUUGAGUAAUGCACGGUUCACCUGGUCUAACCUUCAGGAAAAUCGGGUGUGUUGCAAGUUGGACAGGUUUCUUCAUACUUUAGGAUGUAAGGAGUUAUUUCCGGACAUAAGGCAAGAGGUUGGGCCAAGAGUUGUGUCAGAUCAUUGUCCUAUGAUUCUUGAGAGUUGUCCUUUUAAAUGGGGUCCCAACCUAUUUAGGUUCGAGAAUAUGUGGUUGGAAAAUCGAUCUUUUAAGGAGUUCUUUAAGGAUUAG